AUGUUUGAACCAAAUGAAUUUUUAUUGGUAGAUCCAUCUGGAUCACCACGAAAAGCAAUUUUGUUGGUCGAACCUAAUGAACGAAAGGUAGAUGCAAAAUCUCAGCAAAACUAUGAUCCGAAAUAUACACCAGAACAAGCUUCAAAUAUGCAAACUCAAGUGGCAGCACGAAUCAAUACGACGGGACAACCCACUCAACAAAUUUCUAUUCAAGCUCCAGCGAACAUGACUUCGAUAAAGUUGGAAGUUCCUAGCGCUAAUCCCAAUGUACAAGAAGCCAAUGAUUUAGUGGUAACGCAGGCUCAAGUAGCGGCACAACGUGAAGCUUUACAGGAAAUAUCACAAAUAGCAUCCACGCAACCGCCGAAUCAGAUCCUUUUCAAUGCAAGUCAACCAUCCGCACCCGAUAUUUCAGCUCAAAUUCCUACGUCUGGACUUAAAGAAGUCGUCAACCCGACUAGCGAAGUUGUACAAGCCAGGAUCUUUCCAGCAUGUAGUGACGCAUCGGACGGAAGAAGUGUGCCAUUUAACGUUACUCGUGGUGAUGCAGAACCAGGGGGCAUUGUAUUGAAAGAAUAUGGACCGUCUAGAAUGGAUACAGAUUGA